AUGGGAGCAGACGCCGGCCGCCCUGGACCCCGUGGGAGUCCACCCACGGCCGCCUCUGUCCCUGCGGGACGGAAGCGGAUAUCAACCCCGGUGCUGGCCCCUGUGGAAGGGGACCCGAAGGAGCAACCGGCAACCACCGCUGACCAUCUAGAAGCUGCAGGUCACAUAUGUAUUCUGAAAGAUGCCUUUGACUUUGAAAGCCCAUCUGAAAUCGCAAACCUCAUCAAGGCUGAGAGCUUUGAGGCAGCACUGGCUCUUCAUCUCUAUCGAGGAGGCCGACUUCUGCAAGGUCAUGGAAUUCCUUUUGGAAUCAUCUUUGGUGGAACUGAUUUAAAUGAAGAUGUCAACCAGGGAGAAAAAAACAAAGUGAUGGGAAAAGUCCUUGAAGAAGCCAGAUUUGCUGUUGCUUUCACAAAGUCAAUGGAGGAAAUGGCACAAAGGCAGUGGCCGCAUGCUAAGGGUAAGAUCUAUGUCCAGAGUCAAGGAAUUGCAACAGUACCAAAUGCCGCCUUUAACUGGGACACCUUUCUUCAGCGAUCAGAGAUUAACCAAAGUGCUGACAAUUUACACGUGUUUCUCCUGAUAUGUGGACUUAGACAAGUUAAAGACCCUCUCUAUUUGGUGGAUGUGUUCUCAGAAUGGCAUCGGGAGGAGCCCAGCGUUUACAUGGUAAUUGUAGGUCCCGAAAGAGAGUUCAGCGUGUGA